ACAGUAGGCUCUGCUGGUUUUAUUAAUCCUUUUGUUGCACUUCGGUUAAAAUUAAUACAUUAAUAAAAAAAUUAUUUUCUUAAAUCAUCCCAUGCGAAAGAUUAAACCAUUAGGGCACAAAUCAAUAGCUUACAUAUUUAAGUAACGUAAAUAGCUAGCUGCAUAAAGUCGUGACGAUAAACUACAAAAAGCUCAAACCCUGUUUGCACGUGCUGUUUUAUUAAAAUGUUAUUCUCUUAUAUGCAUGUGAUUAAUUAAGCUAAAAUUAAGUUGAACGAGCAUUGAGAUCAAUAACAUAAAAAUCAUAACAUGUGGAAUAUUCUCUCCAGAGGAAUGGAUAAAGUCAUAACCUGCUUCAACAAGCACCCAGAUGCUUCGGCCCGUCUCAUCUGUUUUCCCUGGGCGGGUGGAGGCUCGAUCCAUUACGCUCGCUGGGCCAAAACUCUCAACAGCUCUAUUGAAGUGUACUCAGUUCGACUGCCAGGCAGAGAAGGGAGAGCCAAGGAACCAUUUUUCCAAAAUAUGCAGGAACUCAUUGAAGAGGUCAUUGGUGUGCUUCUUCCACAUCUCAAAGAAAAGCCGUUUGCACUGUUUGGACACAGCUUUGGAGCUAUGACCUGUUUUGCUUUUGCUGAGCACGUAAAGAAAGUCUACAACCUUGAGCCAAUCCACAUGUUUCUCUCCGGAGCCUCUGCACCAUACUCUGAAGCAAGACUGGAGGCGCCAAGAAGAAGUCGUCUGUCAGAUGAAGAGUUUCUCGCGUGGGUCACGUCUAUUGGAGGCACGCCACCAGAGAUACUGGCCAAUGCUGAGCUCGCCAGACUCUUCUUACCUGCGCUGAAAGCAGAUCUCUGUGUAGUGGACAAUUAUAGAUGUAGUAGACCAUCAACACCCUUCCUGUCGUGUCCAGUAUCAUGCUUCGACGGAAAAGAGGAUGCACCCCAUGACUUACAAGCCUGGAAGGACGUGACAAGUGGCGAAUUCACUGUGCAGAUGCUUCCCGGAUCUCAUUUUUACUUGAAAGAAGAAGCAAAUGAAAAAUAUAUACUGAACCACAUCACAAAACAUCUCGAGACGGCAGAGAUGGACUAUCUGUAGAAACUCCGUCUUUUAUUAUCUAACUGCAAACGUGAUACAUUUACAACUACAAUUUAUUUCUAAUUCGUGUUCACAGGUGGAACACAUUUUCUUGUGUUUGUGAAACAAAUUUGAAUAGACACAAAGCAAACCAACUGAUAACAAAACAAUCAUUCAGUGAAUUGUGCACAGAAAUAUUUAUGAAUCAUUUUGACCAAUUAAUAACGUAGAUGCAUACAGAUACGGUAGAGGAUUAAAAAAAUGCAAUAUGAAAAUAAUUUGCAUCGCAUAGCUGUAAGUAUAUAGAUAAUUAAUUGUAUGUAUAUUCAAACCGAAUGAAUGGGCUAUGAAUAAUAUUUUUUAAAAUAAAGUUUGUACAUUUUCUAAAUAAAAAAAAAUGAGAAGUGAA